GUCACAAGGCGCUAACGAGUUCCCCGGAAGUUCACUAGCUGGCUAACUGUAGUGUUGUGUAACUACUUAAUGGGAUACAGAACACAUGGAACAGUUGUGUGAUGAAGAUAUCCGGUGAAAUGGAGUCUGUAGUGUUUGUAAAUGUUUAGUGAGUUAAAGAGUUUUGAGCAAAAUGCGGAGGAUGUCUACAUUUAAAUAGUGUUUAUUUUAUCACCGGUGAGAGAGACACACUGAGGAGAGAGACUCGGAGAGAGAGAGAGAGAGAGAGAGCCCGAAACUGAGGGAGAGAGAGACAAGGUGUCGGUGAUAGUGGGCUAAAAGCCCCGGACAUUAGAGCUCGGUGUGUGCAGGAGCUCACGGUAUGUUUUCCGUGCUGUCCUGCGGUAGAUUGCUGGCCCGAGCGGUCAUCAGCGGCCUUUCUCAGUCAGACAGCCGCGAUUACAGCCUCAUAUCGGCUAGCUUUGGGUAUGGGAAAGAUCUCCGAAAGGGUAUUUUAAAGAAAUGCAUGUGCUACGGUGAUGACGCCUGGUUUAUUGCUCGACACAGAUCCGCUGAUGUUUUAGGUGUAGCUGAUGGAGUGGGUGGCUGGCGGGAUUAUGGAGUAGAUCCUUCUCUGUUCUCUGGAACUCUCAUGAGGACAUGUGAAAGAUUGGUCAAGGAAGGCCACUUUGUGCCUAGCAACCCUGUGGGAAUCCUCACCACCAGUUAUUACGAGCUCCUUCAGAACAAAGUACCUCUAUUAGGUAGCAGCACAGCCUGUAUAGUGAUGCUGGACAGGCAAAGUCAUCGGCUUCACACAGCAAACUUGGGAGAUUCUGGCUUCCUGGUUGUGCGAGGAGGGGAGGUAGUGCACAGGUCUGAUGAGCAACAACACUAUUUCAACACACCGUUCCAGCUUUCAAUCGCACCCCCAGAGGCAGAGGGCUCUGUUCUGAGUGACAGUCCUGAAGCUGCAGACAGCACAUCCUUCGAUGUCCAGUUAGGAGACAUCAUCCUUACAGCCACAGAUGGGCUCUUUGACAACAUGCCAGACUACAUGAUCUUACAAGAGCUCAAAAAGCUCAAGAACACCAAUUAUGAGAGCAUCCAGCAGACAGCAAAGAGCAUUGCAGAACAUGCCCAUGUUUUGGCCUAUGACCCCAAUUACAUGUCACCUUUUGCACAGUUUGCUUGUGACAAUGGACUGAAUGUAAGAGGAGGAAAGCCAGAUGACAUUACUGUCCUACUGUCUAUCGUCGCUGAGUAUACAGACUGAUGUGACUGCAGUGUUCCACAUAUCCCCUGGAGUGGCCAUUGCUUCCUGCUGGCAGGAUGGGCAAAAAGAUUUGCCAAGGACCAAAUGCUAAUCCUCUCCAUUGGAUUUUAGAUUUUGACUCAUGCUGGCUUUUACAGCUUCAUAUGGAAAAUGAUAAGCAUUUAAGGUAAUAAAAUUGUAUUUUGAUUGGUGAGACCAAGCCAUGACAUUGUACAGUGUUUUUAUUAUAGUUAAUAAACAUAGCAUACAGUAUAGCCAGGAAAAUUCAACCUGAUCCUAACCAGUGAAAGAAUUAACAUUGUUCCAGCAGAAAGAUGUUAGAAUGGAGAUGUUAAUGAAAAUUGCAUUAUUAUGUCAGUCAUUAUUUUGACUCUAAUAUGUCAUGAUGUCAAUGAUGAACCAAAAUGAAUCACAAUGAAAUUUUGACACUUGUCAAUUUGGCAUUGUAUUGUUAAGUUUUUAAUAAACUCAUCUAUAGUUCUAGUCAUUCUGGUUGUAAUCUGCACUGCAUUGAUGUAUAACACCACAAUUCAGGAACCAGGAGUAAGGGAAGUCAAUUUCAGUGUAUUUUUUGUUGUUUUAUUUUUGUUUGUUUAUUUGCUUGUUUGUUUAAUUUCUCAACUCAGUGUGGUGAAUAUGUAUUAACAGUGCACAAGAGACUGCAAGGUCUUAUCAUAUGAGUGGGGAAAAGAACUUUUUAUGCUUUGUUAACCACUAUGAAAGUUCACAUGCUUUUGUGUGUGUGGACUUCAAUGACAUACUGUAUGUAAAAAGUAAAUACAAACUUGCUGUAUAUCUGUGUAUGCACUAAGAAACAUACACUUGUAUAUGAAUGUAACUUAUGUUUUAUAAAUGUAAUUAGUGUGUUAAAAUGUUUCCUUCUCAGUGUUUUUGUAAUUAUAUUUUUAAAUAUUCUUUGAGGUGUACACUGUUAAUGCACAGGGUAAAUGCUAGUGCCUAUGAAUGCAUUAGGAAGCGGUGUGUCAUAUGAGCUAAUAAAGAUCUAUUUUUCUA